GAUUGCCCGCCCAUAAUCCAUCAUCACUCAUCAGCCAUCACGAUGACCAACAUUGAAAAGAUCCUCAGCGGUCAGGACAUACCGCUUUCCCACGAAAAUGUACCGGGUACCAUCCAUCUCAUUGACAUGGCCGGUAACUUGAAGCUCAAGAAGGAGCACGGCGACAUCAUUCUUCAGCCGCAGCCCAGCUCCAACCCCAACGACCCGCUCCGGUGGAGCUUCCGCAAGAAGGUGCUCCAGUUCACCCUUCUCUGGGUAUGGGCGUUCUUCUUAGCGCUUUCAGUCGGGUUCACGGGUCCUCUCUGGACCGAGUGGGUCACUGUCCUCAACACCAACUUCAAGGAGCUCGGUAACACCCAGGCGCUCAUCUUCCUUGGGCUUGGCCUUGGGUGUCUUUUUCUCCAGCCCACCGCGCUUAAGCUUGGCCGUCGGUUUGUCUACAUUGGCUGCACCAUUUUAGUGAUUGGUGCCCUCAUCCUCGGGUCCCAGUCCAACUCCAUCAAGUUCAUGUACCCAUUCCAGUUCUUGGCCGGUAUUGCUGCUGCACCUGUGGACUCGCUUGUGGAGAUCUCGUCCACUGACGUGUUUUUCGUGCACCAACGGUCCACUGCCAUCUCGCUCUUGAUUCUUGCGUUGUAUGCAGGUAACUAUGUUGGGCCAGUGGUUAGUGGGUAUGUUAAUGACGGUAUUGGCUGGAGAUGGACGUUCUACAUCCAGAUCAUAAUCUACGGUGUGCUCUUGGUGAUUCAGAUCUUCUUGAUGGAGGACACCACCUUCAGAAGAGAGCACCGUCUGAGUGACCUUGAGGAAGAAAUCUUGCGUGGAAUCAAGUCCAGAGACACAGUGUUGGCAGCUGUCAAGAGUGGCGAGCUUACUCAAGACGACUUGGAGAAGAACAAGCACCUCCGUACCGUGGUCAGCAUCAACGAGUCGCACUCAUCGUCGUCGGACGCCGCCUCAGUCGACGAGUCAAUCCCCUUGAGAACAUACUGGCAGAGAAGAAAGUUUAUGGAGCUCGAGUACAACGACCAAAGAAGCUGGUUCACUAUCUGGUAUAGACCCUUCCUCUUGGCCAACAUUCCUGCGUUCAUCUGGGGUGGUGUGCUCUACGGUGCCCAAAUGAUGUGGUUGUCUUUGAUUGCCGUCACCCUGUCGCAAGUGUACUCGUCGGAGCCCUACGGCUGGGAGGCCAACGGUGUGGGUUUGACCAACUUGUCUUCGUUCGUCGGCAGUGUGAUUGGUAUGUUCUACGGAGGCUACUUUGUCGACUGGUUGGUGAUCAAGUUGGCCAGAAGAAACAACGGUAUUCUUGAGCCUGAGUUCAGAAUCUGGGCCAUGGUGGUUCCUACCCUCAUUAACGCGGCUGGUAUCCUUGCUUACGGCUUGGGUGCCUCCAACGGUGCCAAGUGGCCAAUUCCUGUUGUUGUUGGCCAAGGUUUCCUUGGUUUUGCCAUGAGUUCCUCAGGUGCCAUUUGUUUGGCCUACGCCGUGGACAGUUAUGAAAGAGUCGCCAGUGAAGGUUUGGUUUUGAUGUUGUUCACCAGAAACAUGAUCGGUAUGGUCUUCACCUUUGCCUUCCAGCCAUGGUUGCAGAGAUGUGGCUUCAACUUGACCACCUGGUUGUUGUUCAUGAUGUCAUUGGUUAUCAACGGUACCUUCAUUCUCAUGAUUAUCUACGGAAAGAGAUUCAGAAGAUGGUCUGCUGCUUGGUACGACAAGGUCGCCGACCCUUUCUACGGAGAGGUUUUCAGAACAAGAGAGUAA